AUGUCUUCUUACAAGGUCCCCGAGAAAGCUGCAAAACUAGCAUGGAUUGUGAGGUCAAACCCCAUGGUCCAUUGGUGGUUCAAAAUCCUAACGAUUGGCGCGUUUCUUGCUGUUCUGAUUUUCUGGGGGUUUGAUGGGUUAAAUAUGGAAAAUCUGCCAAAGGAUUUCGUCAUCUUUUAUCUCAACAACCCUCAGAUUUCCUCGCAACCCCAUAAAGAUCCAAACUUUACCAAGCCUCCGCAAUUGGAAGAACCUCAGCAGGCAAUUUCCAGCCAAACCCACCAAAAUUCAUCCAAUACCCAUGUCAAUCUUGAUCUCAGUUUUACCCCACCUCCCCAGAACGCCUCCAGUUCCAUCCCUCAGGUUCUGUCCAAUUCGACCUUCAUUGUCCCCUGGGUCUCGGUCAAUCUCGAGCCAAACUACUCGUCCAGUCUCCUUGCGAAAUGGCUGACCCCAGGCGGCAACCAUUGCCGAGACUCGAAAACCGUCGACAUACGAAUCCCCAAAAUCGACAGCGAAAACAGAAAAAUCGAGCUCUCAACAGGAAACACGCACGAGUUCACUUUCCAGGCUCUGGACGAUUUAGGCUCCCCACAUUGUUUGGGAGGCGACUAUUUCGAAAUCGACCUCUCGGGCGAAAAAUGGAAGUCCCGGCCACCGAUCAAAGAUUUAGGAAACGGGACCUACACAUUUUCCCUCCAAAUCCACCCGAACUUCCCGGGAGAAUACAAUCUCACCAUAAUCCUUCUAUUCCGAAGCUACGAAGGCCUGAAAUUCUCUCCCGCGCGUUUUGCCUUCGACCGAACUCUCCGUGUGGUCCCAAUCAGAUUCCGGACAUCCAAAUCCCGCCUGCCCGAAAUUAAAAAAUGCGAUAAUAAAUCCGAUUUUUCAAGGGACAUUUGGUCGGGCAGGUGGACCCGACACGCCAAGAACGACAGCUGUACGAUCGAGAAUGACGGGCGGUACAGAUGCCAGGUGUCGAAUUUCCCCUGCCAGCAGCCCUGGUGCUGGGGCCCGUUGGGCCUGCUGGAGAGCAACGGGUGGGUUUACUCGGCCCAUUGCUCGUUUGGGCUGUUUUCAGGUCAAAAGGCCUGGGAUUGUCUUUCCGGCAGGUGGAUUUUCUGGUGGGGAGACUCGAACCAUUGUGACACGAUUCGUAACUUACUCAAAUUCGUGCUUGGCGUGAAUGAUGUGGAGGCUGUGCCGAGAAUAUUCGAUAAAAAUAUCACGAACCCGGCAAACCGGGCACAAAUGGUUCGGAUUACGAGCGUUUUCAAUGGGCACCCAAACGAUACGGGCAAUUAUCAGGGCCUGAACUCGUUAAUCGACCCUAAGUAUAGAAAUUUGAUCAAAGGCUAUUUUUCGGGCGAUUUGGUCCCUGAUACGGUUAUUAUGAACUCGGGCCUGCAUGAUGGGGUUUUCUGGCCCAAUAUCCGGGGUUUUGUGAAAGGGGCAGAUUUCGCGGCUGCUUUUUGGGCUGAGGUUGUGAGAGGGGUUAAGGAGAGAGGGCUCGUUGGGCCCGAGAUUGUGUACCGGACUACAGUGGCCACUGGAGGGUAUGCAAGGAAAUUGGCGUUUAAUCCCGCGAAAAUGGAGGCUUUUAAUGGGGUGGUGCUGGAUAAGAUGAGGGCUUAUGGGGUGCUGGAUAAGGUUGUGGAUGAUUUCGACAUGACAUACCCGUGGCAUUAUGAUAACAGAUGUAACGAUGGGGUACACUAUGGGCGGGCCCCGCUGAAGAUGAGGUGGAAGGAUGGUUUGAUUGGGCACCAGUACUUUGUCGACCUCAUGCUCUGUCACGUGUUGAUGAACGCGAUCUGUGUCGGGUGA